AUGAAGUCUACUUUACUAUUUACCUUUUCCCUUGCGACGCUAUUCGCAUCGCGGAUUCAGGGCGCUCCAACAAGUAAUCCCCCAUUGAGAGGAUCAGAAAAUCUGCUUGGGUAUUCUUCGUCGAACGCGCUCCCCAAGCAGACGACGGAAGACGUCACGUAUACGCCGGUGGACGGACAGACGGACGAAGCUGAUCUUGGAGUGUAUCUUGACUUCGAGAAUUCCGCUAGUCCGCAGCCGAUUCGGGGAAAUGAGGGAGGGACGGAUCCAGGCCCAAAGAAUGCCUACUACGACCGCAUCAACAGUGACAAAUUGGCGCCGCCUGGUACGGAUGAGGGGCAGACUAUCAAUGCACAAUGGCCUAUGGGACUCAGUCACAACCGACUUGGAAUGAAUGAGUCAGGUUGGGCACGACAAGAAAAUACCGUGGUGAUGCCGGCAGCCAGCAAAAUGGCCGGGGUCGAUAUGCGCCUGGAGGCUGGGGCGUAUCGCGAACUCCACUGGCAUGUUGCGGGCGAAUGGUCGUUAGUCCUGAAUGGAUCGUGUCGGAUUCAGGCUGUGGACGAAGAUGGGCGGACCUUUGUCGAUGACGUAACAGCGGGCGAUGUCUGGUUUUUCCCUCCUGGAAUCCCGCACUCGAUCCAAGCUCUCGAUUCUGGGGUAGAGUUUCUACUGGUCUUCAAUGAUGGCGCCUUCUCGGAGGACGAGACCUUUCUUGCCUCCGAGGUGUUUGCGCACCAGCCCAAAUCCGUCCUGGCCAAGAACUUCGAUCUUCCCGUGGCCGCCUUCGAUGACAUUCCGGACGAGGAACUAUACAUCUUUCCCGGCACGCCUGCUCCGGCCAACAUCAGCGAGCAGAACGUGACGGGCAGCGCGGGCAUCGUCCCGCACAGCCAGACCUACUCGUACCAUUUCUCCGAGCAGCCCGCCCACGAGGUGCAAGGCGGAUCCGUCAAGAUCGUCGACCCGCUGACCUUCCCCAUCGCCGACAACUUCGCCGCCGCCCUGGUCACUGUGCAUCCUGGGGGCCUUCGUGAAAUCCACUGGCACCCGACCAGCGACGAGUGGACCUUCUUCAUCCAGGGCCAAGGCCGUGCGACCUUGUUCACCGCGCCGAGCACCGCCACCACGUUCGAUUACCGCACCGGGGACGUGGCCUAUUUCCCGCAGUCCAACAGUCACUACAUCGAGAACACGGGCGACGAGGAUUUAGUCUUCUUGGAGGUGUUGCUAGCGGAUCAGUUUUCUGAUGUGUCGCUUGGUCAAUGGAUCGGGUCCACGCCCAAGCAGAUUGUAGCCGAUACGUUGCGGUUGCCACAGAGUGCGUUGGAUCGGCUGAAGACGGAGAAGAUGUAUGUGGUUGCUGGGUCGAAUGAGACGGAUGCUUCAACGUGA